CAAGAGGAACCAGCAUCAGCCAUGACCUACGUGACCUACAGUCUUCUCUGAAGAGGAUUGUAUUAGCAGCAGUUCUGACCAGUGGAGGUGGAGGUGACUGAAGCGGGGUCACCAUGGAGCACAUGGAUCUGCUCUUUUACCAUGGCCCCAUCACCAGAGAGCGGUGCGAGGAGCUCCUGGGGGCGAAAGGCAAAGACGGAUCGUUUCUCAUUCGAGACAGCGAGACCAUCCACGGAGCCAUGUGCCUCUGUGUCUACAAAAAGAAAGUUGUGUACACGUACCGGAUCCUACAGACUCACACGGGAUACUACACGCUCCAGGCCAGUUCAGGCGUGAAGGAGAUGUUCUUUCGGACGCUGGACGAGCUCAUACAUCACUAUAAGAAGAGAAAUCAGGGGUUAGCGACUCGGUUACGUAGCGGCGUGAAGAGAAAACAAACAGACGUGGAAUCUGUGGUCAGUGAUGAGGAACCGGACUACGAGAACGUGGAAUCGUCUGACUACGUCGACGUGCUUCCAGACUGAUUCUUCUUUUCAGUUCCGUUUUUUCUUUCGUUCUUAACAAAACCGCAAACUAGAAAGAAGCGAGUGACCUUGAGACUGAAAUGAACUGGGUCAUGAGACUUUUUGUUCCUCUUUGAAACUGGUGCAGAUGAUAUGAGAAUUAAUAGAAUGUAUCAUAAAUAAAAAAAUGGAUAAAGGAUUAAAAAAAAAAGUUUA